AUGGCGCGCCCCGCAACCACUCUCCCGGCGUUCCUCAAGCAGUCCAAGACCGACCUCCACAGCAAAUUCGUCGACUUAGAAUGGCAGCAACGCAAUCGACUACUGCUUGGCACGCAACCGACAUCUCCUUCUCYACCUUCGCCUUGGGCUCGCCUUUCCGGACCUACAAUCGCCCCGCGCAAUCGGUACCUCAAUGUAGAGCCCUUCGCCGCUAACCGCAUCCAUUUGCAAGUCGCCGAGGGCGAGAAUGACUAUAUCAACGCGAGUCCGAUCACACUGGGAAAGCGGAAUUACAUCGCUACACAGGGCCCAAAGGACACCGGAGUUGGACAUUUCUGGCGGAUGGUGGAGGAGCAGAAUGUGGGUGUUGUGGUUAUGCUGACGCAGACACAUGAGGCGGGAAAGGAAAAAUGCUGGGCAUACUAUCCUGUUGGAGAGGGAGACGAGGAGAGGGUGGUGAAGGCUGAGGAGGAGGGACGAAAGACCGAGGUAGAGUUGGAGGCUUUGAGGGAGGAUCCUAAGGCGAGAAGUCAGGUUCGGCAGUUGAAGUUGCGGACGAGUCAGGAGGAGUCUGCGAAGUCUGAGGAGAGGGAAGUGCACCAUCUUCUCUUUGCUGGGUGGCCAGAUUUCUUGGUUCCCGAAGGAGAGGACCGCGCAGCGCUGGUAGAGCUGGUGAGGUUGAGUGCUGCGCUGUCUUCGCCUUCCUCUGCAGCGAACCUGGAGAGCAGCCUCCCGCAGGCACUUGAGAGUGUGGACCCCGCUCGGCCACGGAUUGUUCAUUGUUCAGCCGGUGUGGGACGCAGUGGAACGUUCAUUGCGUUGGACUAUCUCCUGCAUCUUCUGSACACGGGAGAGCUGGACAACCUCCCCAACGAUCAAGACCCGAUCGUUGAGAUCGUUGACUCACUACGACAACAGCGGAUGAUGAUGGUGCAAGGAGAGGGCCAAUUUAUGUUUUUAUACGAAGUCCUCCGGGAACUCUGGCUUGAACGGGCGAAUGGCCAAGCGAAUGGUGGUGCGGCUAACGGCAACGAGACUGGGAACUGA